AUGAAAUUCAUGUCUGCAGAUUUAUCUCUGUCUAUUAAUCCUAAUCAUUUGCCUGCCGCGUUAUCUAUCUAUCUAUCUAUCUAUCUAUCUAUCUAUCUAUCACAGUUUGUUCAUUAUCUAUCUAUUUAUCUAUCACAUUUUUUCAUUAUUUCUCUAUCAAAGUUUGUUCAUUAUCUAUCUAUGUAUUUUUCUAUCUGUCACAAAUCUAUCUAUCUAUCUAUCUAUCUAUCUAUUUAUCUAUCUAUCUAUCUAUUUCAGUGCGAUCCUUUUCUAUUUAUCAGUCUUAACCUACUCAUAUCUAUCUAUCUAUCUAUCUAUCUAUCUAUCUAUCUAUCUAUCUAUCUAUCUCCCGCAUACUCUCAUUCACUCUCUCUCUUUAGAUAUAUAUAUAUAUAUAUAUAUAUAUAUAUAUAUAUAUAUUUCACAUCGUUUCUUUCUUUCAUUCUUUUUUUUAUCUUUUAUAAAAAAGAUUUUUCUUUCUUUGUAAACAAUCGUUUCUUUCACUCUUUUAUUAAGCUUAUUUUCUUUUUCUUAUAUAUCAUCAUUUCUUUCUUUCUUUCUUUCAAUCUUUUUUCAAUCUUUCUUUCUUUUUUCAUUCUUUUAUUAAAUCCUUUUCUUUCUUUCUUUCUUUCUUUCUUUCUUUCUUUUCUUUCUUUCUUUCUUUCUUUCAAUCUUCUUUUUCUUCCUUCCUUUCUUUCCUUCUUUUUUCAUUCUUUUAUUAAAUAUUUUUUCUUUCUUUCUUUCAUAUUUUCUUUCUCUUAUAAAUCAUCGUUUUUUUCUUUCUUUCUUCCUUUCAAUCUUAUUUUCUAUCUUUCUUUUUUCCUUCUUUUAUUAAAUAUUAUUCUUUCUUUCUUUGUGAACAAUUAUGUGUCAGUAAUAUUCAAAUCUUUCUUUCUUUCUUUCAAACUUCUUUUUCAAUCAUUCUUUCUUUCUUUCUUUCUUUCUUUCUUUCUUUCUUUCUUUCUUUCUUUCAAUCUUUCUUCUUUUAUUAACCAUUUCUCUUCUUUUAUUCUAUGA